GCUCUAUGUAAUGACUAGCUGAAACCGGGAAUGAGUGGAUAUGCUUUUCGGAGUUCCAAUUUCCCCGCCGUGAUACAACCCAAAGUAGCCUACCACACAGUUUUCUCAAGACUCUCGGACCAACCCUGCCUGGACUUUCGGGCAAGCGCGAGGUGUCAACAAUUGGAAAAUGGCGAACACUGAGGCAGCGAGCAAGGUGAGCAGUGAGGGCCCUGUGGCGCCGUGGUAUGCCGCAUACCCCGCUCCCCGGUCGCCGGUGGCCACCAUCUCGCGCGACGAAGUCCUCGGCAUGCUCAAAGCCACGCCGCUGGGCAAGAGAGACUUUAUCUUGAUCGAUCUGAGGCGGAAUGAUUUUGAGGGCGGCACAAUCCGCGGCUCCAUCAACCUACCGGCGCAGAGCCUCUACCCCACGUUGUCGACCGUUUACGCCACGCUGAAGGCGGCAGGCAUGCGCAAGGUCAUCUUUUACUGCGGAUCGUCGACUGGCCGCGGCAGCAGGGCAACGGGCUGGCUGGCCGACCAUCUCGCCAGCGUGGGCGACACGGACAUGCAGAGUCUGGCCCUCGCCGGGGGCAUCAAAGAGUGGGCGGCCGCGGGAGGCGAGUAUGUUGAGUGGAUGGACGGCUAUGACGCGACGGUGUGGGAGAAGAGCGCUCCUGGAUGUUGAGGGUCGCCUGCGGUUUUCGCGAUUUUCGUGAUUUCUGACUUCAGCGUCCCGUGAAGUGGCCGAGUUUGACAUUGAUUCAAACAAAGGGCGACACUGUCAUGCGUCAAUCCGUCAAUCAAAUGAGCAAUCCAAAGACCCGCAGCAUAUUCCGCUGUGCUGUUAUUUGUCCCUAGCUCGAAGUUUUGUCGCCCCAUUCUCCGUCGUCUGCUUCGCCUGGAAGUCUCCUGAUGCGUGGGGGCUCUGGAAUGGAACCUGG